GCGGGGGAGGGGAGGAGAAAAGUCCCUUUGUUACCUAUUGGACAGACGCGUAUCACGUGACACAACAGCAUGUGGAAAACAAGACCACAAGAUGGCGGAUGAAAGCUCUGAAAAAACAGCCGAAAUAACAGAAGAAAAACAAGAGAUUACGGACAAUUUAGAAAAACAAAAUGAUGAAUCUAAGACAGAGAAUAAUGAUAGCGUAUCAGAACCAAGUAACGAUUCAGAAAAGCAAGAUUUAAAUACCGAAAAUGCGAUUGGAAACGAAUAUACCUCUGAGGAAAGUCAAAAUGCUUCUGCUGUAGAAAAUGUAUCGAUAAAAACCGGCUUUUUAAGAUCUUUUAUUGAAAAAAAGAAGGUAUCUCAGAGCUCCGAUGYCUUGGAGGUUUCUGAGAAUAGCAAUGGAUCAAAAACUGAUAAAACAGAUGAAAACACAAGUAAUCAAAAAGAAACAGACAGAGCUAAAAGUCUUUGCAAAUGGCAAGGCUGUAACACCAAUGUAAUCUCACAUUCUGAACUUUCACAACAUGUACAUCAAAAUCAUGUUGAACCAAUGGUUGUUCAAGACGUCUUUGUCUGUCUCUGGCAAGGAUGUAAAGUAUUCAAUAAACCAAGCUGUUCUCAUUCAUGGCUUUCAAAACACAUGAAUGGACAUACAGGCGACAAGCCAUUUAAGUGUAUGAUUGAUGGAUGUACUAUGUCGUUUUCAUCGUGCGAAGGACUCUCACGGCAUGUUGCAGGACAUUUUAAUGAGCCUAAAGCUCCCAAAAGGCAACGAGGUGAACAAAAAGAAACUCCUAAAAAGAAUUUAAAAAAGAGGAAAAUGAGAGUCAUAAGGAAGAGACUUCCUCCCUCAGAAGUGAAGGAAGACUUUGUAGAUCCUCAGACUGUACAAAGCAUUAAAAAGAAACUCCCUAAUAUGAUGCCUCUGUCAUGUUAUGAAAUAGGAAUUGAUGGAACCAAGAUAAUACUACAUAGUAAAAUUUUUGGGAAAAGGAUAAAUGAGAAGAGUGGUGAAACAGAUAUUUUGUUACGCUGGUCACCAGAUGAACUAAUACCAGAUGAAUGGAUCCCAUUAGAAGAUUAUGAGAAACAUAAAUCAAGGACAAUUAAUAUAUCUUCACUUCCUAAUGAUGUUGUUGCUGAUUUAGAUCCUGCAUUUUACAGAAGAAUGUCUUACAGGAAACACCCAAGAAAAUGAUUAGUUGCUGCCUAUUUACUGCUAUACUACCUGUCAUCCUAUUGCCAUGGUAUUUGGUUAUAGCUACCUGUCCUGCUUUGACUAUAGUGUCUAGACUUAUUGUCUGUCAUACUUUGCAUCCAUGGUACCUGGAGUCCUCAUUGUAUGUCAUCACAACACAAUGAUACCUGGUCCUUAUAGUUACCUGUCCUACUUUGAACAUGGUACCUGGACUUAAUCAUUGUCUGUCAUCCCAACACAAUGAUAUCUGGUCCUCAUAGUUACUUGUCCUACUUUGACCAUGGUACCUGGACUUACUCAUUGUCUGUCAUCACAACACCAUGAUAUCUGGUCCUUAUAGUUACCUGUCCUACUUUGAGCAUGGUACCUGGACUCCUCAUUGUCUGUCAUCACAACACCAUGGUACCUGGUCCUUAUAGUUACCUGUCCUACCUUGACCAUGGUACCUGGACUUACUCAUAGCUUUACAUCAUCUGAUCAUGGUAUGUGUUACCACUGCACUUUUACCUGAACUUGGACUUGCACAUUGACUGGCCCCCCCUUUGACCAUGUUAUCUGGUCCAGCUAAAUAUCUAUCAUAUCUAUGUUACCUUGACAUAUUCACUACUACAGUGCAUCAGCUUGUUUUGUAUCUAACUUAACCAUGGUUGAUCUUGUUACCCAAUGUCUCUUUAACCAUGGCAUUUUCAUCUUACUUAAAUCAUGAUAAAUUCUGAUAUCUAUAAUAUGAAUUAUAUUUAAAUCAAAGCACUUUAUCCUUUUGUUAAAAACUGUCUGUCUGCCCAUCUCCAUACUUCUAUCUUUUGUAAUAUAAUAUUUUCAGAUCUAUUUAUUCACCCAAUCACCUAUUAAAUCUGUAGCUAAGAGUAUGGAACUUGUU